GAAAGAUGGUGACCAAAUUAACACCUCUGCAACAGGAGCUGUUGAACGCCCUGGUUGGGUCUGGGAUCUCCAAGCAGACCCUGGUUGAAGCUCUCCGUGAACUCGAUGCCUACCAACCGGUCAAGGGCGAUGAAGGCCAGUGCUCGACCAUCAGCAUGCUCCCCAACGAGGGCACCAAAGCCGAGCUGCUGCCGGUCUCAGGCAACGGCCAGCACCCGGCCAAGCUCUCCGGCGACGAGAGCUCAGAAGACGGCGACGACGACUACGACACCCCGGCGAUACUGAAAGAAGUUGACAACCUCAGCCCCGAAGAAGCGGCCCAGCAAAGAUCAAUAGUAGAACACCUCCUACAGGAGGACCCGUGGAGGGCGGCGAAGAUGAUCAAGUGUUACAUGCAACAGCACAACAUCCCGCAGCGCGAGGUGGUGGACACGACCGGCCUGAACCAGUCCCACCUGUCCCAGCACCUGAACAAGGGAACGCCCAUGAAAAACCAGAAACGGGCCGCGCUCUACAGCUGGUAUGUGCGCAAGCAGAGGGAGAUCGUGCAGCAGUUCAGCCAACCUACACAGAAGAUGGGACAAAAUGUGGGUGGGAACAGACAGCAGCUGUUUCUCUUUGCAGACUUCAACAACUCAGCCCAGGGAACAUCGGGGGAAGAACUCGUCGAAGAGCCAGCCAGCAAGAAGAUGAGAAGAAACAGGUUCAAGUGGGGGCCUGCUUCACAGCAGAUAUUAUUUCAGGCCUAUGAGCGACAGAAGAACCCGAGCAAGGAGGAGCGAGAGGCCUUGGUUGAAGAGUGCAACAGAGCGGAGUGUAUACAGCGAGGGGUCUCGCCAUCCCAGGCCCACGGGCUGGGCUCGAACCUCGUCACUGAGGUGCGGGUCUACAACUGGUUUGCCAAUCGACGGAAGGAAGAAGCUUUCCGGCACAAGCUGGCGAUGGACGCCUACGGCCCUCAGCAAACGCACGCAGUGACCCCCUUGACACUCCACAACAACUUACCCCUCCAACCAAGCGCUUUGUCACCCAACAGGUUACACGGAGUGAGAUAUGGGCAGCAAACGUCCAAUGACAUCGUGCCUCAAUCUGUCAGUCACCACGGCAACAGCACCCUGGUGACAACUCACACGAUCCUCCAACCUGUUUCACCUCCGGGACUGGAACCCAGCUCCAGUCUGUUGACCACCGACACCAAACUGAUCGCGACGUCGGGUGGAACGCUCCCUCCUGUCAGCACGUUGACCGCCCUGCAUGGGCUGCAUCACAACCCGCACACUGUGGCCCAACAGACCCAGAACCUCAUCAUGGCUUCCUUACCAAGUGUCAUGACCAUUGCACCCAGCGACUCAACCUGCCUCUCGCCAGCACUGGCUAACGGAGGGGCUUCGGCACUGGUCAUUGGUCUCGCCACAACUCAGGCCCAGAAUGUUCCGGUUAUUAACAGCGUGGGCAGCAGCCUGACGACCCUUCAGCCCCUCCAGAUUCCCCAGCAACUGCAUGCCCACCACCAGCAGCCUCUCAUGCACCAGGUGCAAGGACACAUGGCCCAGAGCUCAUUCAUGGCUACAAUGGCACAACUGCAAAACCCACACGCUGUUUACAGUCACAAGCCAGAACUGUCGCAGUACCACACCAGCCUCUUCCCACAGACCAUGGUCUUUACGGACGCCAGCAAUCUCAGCAGCCUGACCGGCCUUCCCAUGGCAAAGCAGGUCCUCACGCUUAAUUCAGAAAUCCAGCCAGAAAACCAGAUCCACACAUCCGUGCAACAACUGCCACUUCAGAGCCUCGAUGGUUCCAUUCAACACAUCCACCGGGUUUCCUCUAAUCCUGCGAUUACCACAGUCUCUUCAGGGAGCCUCGUGAUGUACCAAAACACUCAGUCAGUAGACGGUCACACCCACUUGUUAUCGCCCGGCCAAAGCAGCAUCGAAACCUUCAUCCCACACCAGGUGGUCUCCACCGCUCCGUAACCGUGCCAACACGAAGCAGAAGCAGAAGCAGACUUCCUUGGAUAAUACAGCGGGAUCCAACCAAUCUUCAGCUGUGUGACCGACAGUCUUCUAGCAAACAUCGCACGCAGAUUGUACCUGCAUAUUAUUUUUGUCUAAAGAAUUACUUUAUUAUCGAGGGCUGUUUUGAGAGUUGUUGUUGUGCAAUAAUUUUUAAUGAAAAUCCUCAAAUUGUGUGUCUAAUAAUUCAAGAGCUACAUAAGGUGGAAAGAGAUUGACACAGGCAUGGAUGUGGUGGGGAGGGGAGAGAACUACAGGCCAGAUCCUCCCAUUGUUUAAUGCUCGAGUGAUAUUUAGCAGUCAAACCUGCAUUUUGUGCUGCCAUUUUAUUCACAUAGAUUUUAUAAUGUGAACUUAAUUUAAGCAAUGAUUUUUGACAAACCUCUUCACAUCAAACAUAUAUAUUUUUUUCCUUUUGAUUAUAAAAAUAUAAAAAAAUAUUUAACUCACCAAAUUGUGACAUUGCAGCUCACAUUGUAAACGUUAGCGGUUCACUUAAAAAUUGCAAUAUAUACAGUAUUAAAGUACAUCUUCUUUGUA